UGGGAUUUAAAUGAUAGCAAAUAUGAGUGAAAUAACAAAUGAAAACUUUGAGCAAAUGUUUCCCAUAAUUAGGGAUCACAUAAAGCACUCGUCUUUCAUAGCGUUGGACACAGAGAUGACUGGAUUGGUGUACAACAAGACGUGUACUCCGAGUCUAUUCGACACUUUGGACAAGAGAUAUGACAAACAGCGACAGUCGGCCACUAAUUUCAUUGUCUGCCAAAUGGGACUCUCGUUGUACUCCAAGAACCAGAACUCAAAUUCUUACCACACGAAGACGUAUACCUUUUAUUUAUGUCCGCGAUCUCUGCAGUACCGAAAGCCCACCUUCGCUAUGGACUUGUCUGCCAUCGAGUUCUUGGCGUACAAUCACUUUGAAUUUGAUAAAUUUGCGAAAAAUGGUAUCAAUUAUUUGAAUGAAAUCGAAGAACAGAAUCUGAGAGACAAUUUUGACGACUAUAUGGACAUUGAUUUUAUUGAGUGUCCAUUCAAUUACGAGAACAGUAGUCAUCAGUUAUCCGAGUGGUUAUCCAAUCGACUCGUCGAUAAAAAUAGUGGCAAUCAAUGUGUGCUUAAAUGUCGUCCAACAGUCAAUCCAUUACUUAAUUAUGCAUUUUUGAGAGAAUUUCGCAAAAAUUUCACCACUGUUUGGGUCGAAGAAAUUAAUGACAGAUUUGUUGCCAAACCAAUCGAUGCCAACCAAAGAACACAACUCUUGAAAGCGGAACACUUUGAAAAAGAGCGGGUUAUCGACCGAAUGGUUGGAUUCUCUAGAGUUUUCCAAUGCCUGGUUGACGCCAGACGACCCAUUGUUGGCCAUAAUAUGAUUAUGGAUUUACUUCUCAUAUAUCACCACUUCUAUCAACCCCUCCCGAACAAAUUGAAGGCAUUUAAGACAUCUCUUCAUUCAUUAUUUCCAUAUAUUUUUGACACUAAAUGUGUAAUAUUUAAUGAGAAAAAGGACUUAUCGGAAUUGUCGCAUAUUUUCAAAAAUUCUUCUUUGGGUGAUAUUUAUACGAAAUUAUUGGACGACGAGAUCGUUAAUAGUUAUACAAAUUUGCCUAAAAUUGAACAAUUGGAUGAUCAAAAUCAUAAAGCAAUCGAAAAGUAUUCACCACAUAAUGCAGGCUUUGAUGCUUUCGCCACAGCAUUU